UGUCAAAAUACAGAAAAAUAUUGAUGCAGUUUAUGCGUUUUGCAAUUUCAUUUCAAUUAAUUAUCUAGAUUUUAAAUAAAUUCUUACCCUAAUGGCAUCCACAUCGAAAGACCAUGUUGUGGACAAUGGGGAAGGACCGAUUGAGAACGUUGCCACUGAUCUGGAACCAGGAGCUUGCAUCGAAAGUGUUCUUAACCCUACAGAUUCUUUUGAAGAAUUUGCUAGUGAAAUUAGUACAACACUCGAAGACAGGAUGACAGCGCUCACAGCAAAAUCAAGUACAAUAAGUGAAAUUCAAAACGAAAUCGGCGAAAGUUCGCUAAGAGAGACCAAAUCUAGUGAUAAUUUGCAGUCAAAGAAUGAAGCAAUGUCAGCAUCAGCAAGUAAUUCUAAUCUUCUCGAGGAAAACGGUGAGGAAACAGAUGAGAAAGAUGAUUAUUUGCAGUCUCCGGAACUAGUAAAUAAAGAGAAACAUGUAUUUAUACUGAGUUCUGCUGGUAAACCUAUUUAUUCAAGAUAUGGCAAUGAAGAUAAACUAGCUGGACUAUGUGGAGUAAUACAAGCACUUGUUAGUGUGGUUGAGGAACAAAACCAGGAUAUAUUGAGAUCAAUUAACACAAAAGAUUGCAAAGCAGUCUUCUUAGUAAAGGGUCCAUUGAUAUUGGUCGCUGUAUCAAAAUCCAAUGAGAGUGAAACACAGCUUGUAUUGCAAUUAACAUAUGCCUUCAAUCAAAUAGUAUCAGUUUUAACUCUAACACAAUUAAAUAGAAUAUUUGAGCAACGACGUAACUACGACUUAAGGAGACUAUUAUCUGGGGCUGAAAGACUCAUCGACCAUUUAUUUAUAUUUAUGGAAAAAGAUCCUGCGUUUUUAUUAGGUGCAGUGAGGUGUUUACCGUUACCAGAAAAGGCUAGAGAAAAUAUAACGCAUGCUAUAACUUCGACUUGUAACAAAAUCAGAGAUUUAGUAUUUGCAAUAAUGAUAGCCGGUAACCAGUUAAUAACUCUCGUAAGAAUGAAAAAGUACACAUUGCACCCUUCUGAUAUUCAUCUACUGUUUAAUCUGGUAAGGAGUUCAGAAUCAUUUAAAACGGCUGAGAGUUGGACUCCCAUUUGUUUGCCGAAGUUUGACGCUACAGGUUUCCUUCACGGCCAUGUGUCAUACAUUUCUGAAGAUUGCCAAGCUUGUCUACUUCUUUUAACAGUACAAAGAGACGCAUUUUUCCCUCUAUCACAAGCAAAACACACAAUCGCAGAAAAACUUAGAAGAUCAAACUGCUUAGUAGCAAUAAAUGACGCUUUAAACAGAAAUAAGGAACUACCCACGACAAAUCCUCUUCAACACAUUGGUAUACCUGAAAUAAGGCAUUUUAUGUACAAAUGCAAAUCAACGGCUCAACUUUUCACAUCAGACCCUAUAAGUCUAGAUAGGCUACAAGAUUAUAGAAUAAGACACAAAGAAGGCGGGGAUAUAACUGUAAAAAAGAUAGAAAAAUUAUCAGAUAUAGAGUAUGUACGGAAUUAUAGACAAUUCUGCAAUCAAAUACAUAACAUCUCUACACCAGCGAAGUUAAUAUUUAGAUCAAAUUCUCAUGACACUGUUUUGGCAUGGGUAACAAACGGUUUCGAACUGUACGUAACAUUCGAUCCUCUAAUGGAGAAAGAUCACGCUAUCAGAGCAGUCGAUAGAUUGCUGCACUGGAUAAAAAAGGAAGAACAAAGAAUAUUUAUAAUGAACGCACCGACAUUUUAGCCAAGGCUAACACUGAGUGGUAUUAUAAAGAACUCUAUGCGUAGAAAUUCUAGUGCCGAAAACAAUUAAUAAGUAUAUUAAAGUACCUGGAAAACUUAAUUUACGAAAAUGUCAAUAGAUGGCGUAAGUAGUUAAAGAUUCCAAUUUUACACGUUAGAGCGUCAUAAUCAUAUUAUGAAAUUAUUUUUAUCAAACAGUCCUUAAUAGAAUGAUGGGUAGACUCAAAAACUGUAAUCUAAGAUUUUCGUUGAAAUGAUUAUCUAUUUAUGAGAUUUUCCUGGUAUAUAUGUUAUUGUAUAGCCAAAGGACAAAGUUUCUAAUUUCCUUUUUGUUUGUACUCUUUGUAAUUUUAUUUGUUAAUACUGAUAUUUUUUAUUUAAUGACAUGUAUGGGCUCUUUAGCUGGCCGUGCUUUUUUUUGUACAUCAUGAAAUUUGUUUCUUAUCGGCGUUCGUUUUACGAUUGUGGCAUAUCAGACUAGCAGUCCUAUGAUUGUCUCGAAAAGCUAGGAGUGCUAGAACAUGGUCUGACACUGACAUAUUUUUUUGUUUUGUUACAAGUAUAUUAUUAUUAUUUUCUUAUUUAUAUCUGCACAUUUUUCAUUUUUAGUUUCAAAAAUACCCGAGGCAGCUUAUACAAUAUUUUCCAUGUUUGUUUUUUUCCUUUAUUUUUAGAGAGAGUAGAAUUAAUUUCUAUCAACAAUAAACUAGCUUAUACACUGACAUAUUUACCAAAAAAUUCUCGUAUUAUAUAUUGUAGGAUAAAUUUAUAUAAAAUGAAUGAAGUACAUGUACACAUAUUAAUAAUCAUUAUCACCUGUGAUCUAGAUAAAAGUAGAUUAAAUUAUGAGCUUUAACAUAUUAUAUUACAUUAUUACUAAAUCA